AUGGGCAAGUGUUCUGGAAUGACAAAAAAUGUAAUGAAGUCAAUGAACGACGUAGAAAUUUCCGAAUGGCAAUGCAACACCUGCAGGUUGCAUUCCCAACGACAGUCUGCGACUCCCGAGGCAUCUCAAGGGGCGUCAGAGCUGACCCCAAAUGAGGAAAAACUUGAGAGGUUACUCAAACAAAAUGAAUCUAUCAGUGCAAAGUUGACCUCCGUCCUUAAUAGGAUGUCUUGCAUUGAGAGGUCUCUCGAGGCGCAGACUGCGAGGUCCGACGCGAUGAUGCUCAAAAUAGAAAAUCAGAGUAAAACAAUAGUGGGAAUCGAGGCAGCCAUGAAUGAUCUGACAGCAAGGUAUGAGGAAUUGAACGUUCAUUUGGAUAACCAAGACAAAACAAUAAAUGAACUACAGCGGAAAAUCGGUGAACUAGAGGGAAGGAUUUCACAAAGGGAUGAAGAGGUUGGUGAACUAAGAAAGGCUAUCGACAAUGCAGAGCUGUACUCUAGACGGCAGAAUAUUGAAAUCCAUGGUAUUGUCCAACGACCGAAUGAAGAUGUUAUGAGCGUAAUCAACACAGUGGCAACGAAGCUGGACCUAGCACCAGUGACUUCGAACGACAUCGAGGCUGCCCACAGGCUAAAAGUUAAAGAAGGAAGAAUCACACCUAUAUUGGUGAGAUUCACCGAGAGGCGUACACGGGACUUGUGGGUGAGAAAAAGAACUACUCUUAGAAAUGAGAACAUCUUUAUAAAUGAAAACUUGACUAGAGCGCUGAAAAGUUUGUUGUGGUCCACCAAGGCACGUGCGAAGGAAAAAGGAUACAUGUAUACUUGGAUGAAGAACGGAAAGAUAUUCGUAAGGCAGAAGGAGGGAGCGGCAGUGAUUCAGAUUGAGAGCGAACGGGACUUAAUCAAAAUUAGGUAACCAUGGAAUCGCUUUUUGAAUCGUUCCGUGAGUGGGACGGAUAUACGAAAAGUUCCAGAGCGGAGGGAAGUAACGCUGACACUAAACUAAGCUUAAUUCAUGUAAAUGUUAGGAGUAUUUACAGACAUUGGGAUCAAUUAAUGUUAAUUUUAUCUACGCAACUACCAAGUUUGGAUGUGCUUAUUUUGAGUGAGGUCAGUGCUGAUGAGGCAGGUUGUGCUACAUUUUCCUUGCCAGGCUUUCAUUUUUUCUGCUUGUGCCGAGAACAAAGGAAAGGUGGCGGAGUUAUGAUGUACAUAAAUGACAAAUGCUUAUCAGAAAAAAUAGAUGUUUCAUUUGUACAAGCAGAAGUGUGUGCUGCUAUUGUUCACAAAAUGAAUUUUUCUUAUGUUGUGUGUGCUGUAUACAGGCCACCCAGUUCAAAUAUACCUAUAUUCUGUGAUGAAUUGGAACAAUUCCUUCAAAAAUUUAAUAACAACAAAUACCUAGUUCUGGCAGGAGACUUCAAUAUU